AUGGAGAAUGCAGCACCCAAUGAUUGGAUCAGCAAUUUACCGGAUGAGUUACUUCUUCACAUCCUCUCUUUACUUCCAAUCAAACUUGCUUUCUCCACCACCGUUCUCUCCAAGAGAUGGACUCCACUCAGCAAACUACUCACGGCUCUCCACUUCCACGACGAAUCCCUUCAUGACAAAGAUGCCUUCGUUCACUUCCGUAGCUUCCUUGACUCAGUCAUGCUCUCCAUAAAACUUAUCAAAACACUUCACCUCAAAUGUGAGUCUAUCCAUUGGCAGCAACAUGGCCGUUUCAACAAUUUGAUCCAAACUGCCAAACGCCAUCCUCUGGAGAAUCUCUACCUAUAUUUUACUUUAUUUAAUAUGAACAACAGAAUCACCUUGCCACCAACUACUUUCACCUUUCCAAAGCUUGUGGUUCUCAAAGUGAAGAAUUUCGGUUUGCAGGGUGAUAUCUCCGUGGAUCUUCCAUCGCUUAAGACCCUUCAUUUAGAUGUUAUUUACUUGAAAAAUCAUGAGAAUUUCAAAAAGUUUAUUUAUGGGUGUCCCAUUUUGGAAGAUUUGAAUAUCACUCACGUUUAUUAUAUCACGCAAGAUGAGAGUUCCAAGGUCAAUACAGGAGAAUUUAAAUCCUUACAGAAGUUGAUCAGAGCCGACAUCUGUGAAUCUGAUGUUCCCUUCACAGCAAUUUAUAAUGUACAGAUUUUAAAACUUUGGGUGAAUAGAAAGCUUCCUGAGCAAGUGAUUAUUCCCAAUAACAGAAGCUUUCAAAACUUAAUCCACCUUGAACUGUUUGCAAUCGCCUCAGAAUACUGUGAAGAUCUGAUGGGCCUGCUCCAGAAUUGCCCCAAACUUCAAAGUCUCACUAUUGCUGUGUUGCGAGACCAAGAUUUAUUCAAAAACUGGAAAUACCCAAUUACGGUUCCUAAUUGUAUUUCUUCUCACCUCCGAUCAUGUACUUUAAGGUUUGACGCCUUCGAAGUUGACCUUCGAUUAGCAACGUAUAUUUUAAAAUAUGCACCACUUUUAGAAGUCCUGAAAUUCACCUUGUUUGAUGCAUUACAACUCCGAGGUGCUUUAGAAGAAUUAAUCUCGUGUCCAAGAAUUUCUUCGAAGUGUAAUAUUAAUAUUUCAAUUGGUUUUGGUUAUUAG